AUACUGAAAAGUUAAACCCUAGCAUUAGAGUCGGUCCGGUCCUGCUUAAGUAGAGAGCAGCUAUUUGCGGCGGAGAUCGUCCUGGACGGAGGCGCCGGAGUAGAGAGCCGAAGCGAACCAAUUCCAAGGGCGGUGCAGCAAAAUGGCGGAAAAGGCAGUGACCAUCAGGACGAGGAAAUUCAUGACUAAUCGCCUUCUCUCAAGGAAACAAUUCGUGAUCGACGUUCUGCACCCUGGAAGGGCUAAUGUUUCCAAGGCGGAGCUGAAAGAGAAGCUGGCAAGGAUGUAUGAAGUAAAAGAUUCCAACUCAAUAUUCGUAUUCAAGUUCAGGACUCACUUUGGAGGAGGUAAAUCAACUGGAUUUGGUUUGAUCUAUGACUCUGUUGAGAAUGCAAAGAAAUUUGAGCCAAAGUAUAGACUCAUCAGAAAUGGGUUGGAUACUAAAGUUGAGAAGUCAAGAAAGCAAAUGAAGGAACGGAAGAACAGAUCUAAGAAAAUCAGAGGAGUGAAGAAGACAAAGGCGGGAGAUGCUGCCAAGGCUGGAAAGAAGAAGUAAUAAAAUUGGUAGCCAAUGUAGGUCAAGCUGAACUUGAGAAAUGGAUUGCAUUGCCAUGUCUAGCAUUUUCCAUUUUCUUUCUUUUUAUCUUUCUUUCUUAUGGACCUUUUCCCUGCUAUUUCACAUUUUUGCUGGAUGUUGAGUGUAAUGAUAGGGGUAUAGCUUGAACUUUUCUUUUAUAGUAGUAUAGCCAUAUGUUUGCUCUAUGUCUGAUAUUUAUCUCCUGCCAAAUGAACUAGAUUUUAAAUUUUUUAAAUCAUGGGUCUUAAGCUAGGUUCUAGUGAGCCACAGAUAUUCAUGGGUUGAAACUUGAAAUUCUUUCUGAGUCCCCCCAACCCAUCCCUCACUCUUAUGGUCAGUUUGGAUUGGAUUUUCCCAUCCAGAAUUGGACCAUGUGAACUGUGAAGUACACUCCUCAACUUUCUCUAACCUCUCAAAUGAAAACGUUGCCCGGGAAACACUUGAGUAAAGACACAAAUAUAAAAGUAUCAGGCCAUCAGCUCAGCAGC